ACCACAACCUAAUUGAAAAAAAUGAAAGAGUUUUUUUUUAACCAAAAAAAUAAAAGGAGUUAAAAACCGGAUUAUAUCAAAUUAAGUGACAUUAUCCGAACUCCAACUGACUCCUAUGGCGGAAACAAGACGACUGAGGGGUCAUAAAGCGACUGCCACAUGCUGCAUCGCUUCCCGAAUCCGCCCUGGCCUAGUAGCUACAGCGGCUGAGGAUGGCAACGUUUGCUGGUUUGAUAUGCGGUGCAAAGAUAUGGUUUUUACUACGGAUGUUGGGAGUCAUUAUCCAAUUUCAUCAAUCUGUUUCAACCCAGGAAAUGAAGAUAUAAUUUAUGCAUCAUCAGGAAAUGAAGUCAAGUGUUUCGAAGUGAAGAUGGGCAAGUCAUCAAAACCAUUGGAGAGCUACAAUUACAACAAGGAUGAAAUAAACCAGAUUGCUUGCACUGCAAGUUCAUCUUUCCUUGCUGCAGCAGAUGACAGUGGAGAUGUCAAGAUUGUUGAUAUCCGUCGACAUUGCCUUUAUAAGACUCUAAGAGCAGGUCAUACAAGUAUUUGUAGCAGUGCUCAAUUUAUUCCCUGGAGACCUUGGGAAGUCGUUACUGGUGGCCUUGAUUCAAAACUUGUUGUAUGGGACUUCUCAAAGGGGCGACCUAAGAAUAUUGUGGACUUUGCAGAAGCGAAAAAUAAAGAUAACCAGGGACAGUGCUUGAACCCUUCUUUUGUCCACGCACUGGCACUUCCUGAAGUUGACAUGGUGGAUAAAGUGGGGAAGUAUUGUGCUGUGGCUAGGGGUGAUGGUGUUGUUGAUAUCUUGAAUAUCGAUUCGGAUCUCAAUUCUUCUUCUAAACCAUCAAAGCGCUCUUCUAAACCCAAGGAAGCUUCCCUAGUGGGGAACUUGAGACUGGAUCACACUCUAGGAGGGCAUACUGCAGCAGUUUCCUGCGUCGCAUUUUCACUGUUUGGAGGAGAGAAGGGGAAGUUUGUAGUUUCGGGUGGGAACGACAGGCAAAUAAGGAUUUGGGAUUGGUUAAAAGCUGUUACUGAUGAUGGAACAACCACCAGUGCAGAUGUUUUGCAUCUCAAAUUAAAUUUAAGCAGAAAAGUGAAUUGGCUUUGUACUGCCCCGACUGACUCCGAUAAUCUGGUUGUGUGUGAUACAUCCAAAAUGGUUAAGGUUUAUACAAUUGCCUGAAUGUUUUAUUGUAGCAUUUAUAAUUGUAUUAUUCCCGGAACAAGCUAGCCUGGGGUCAUAUUCAACUGCAAGGCUGGGGGUGGGACUGUGGGAGUGAAGGUUUUACCAUAGUGGUAACUGAUGGGUGCAAAGAUGUGCGAGUUUCAAAAGAUGUCCAGUGACUUCAAAUUUAAAGCAUUAGAUGUGUAAGUGUACUUUAAAUUGUACCCCCACCCCAAAUAAAUCCCAUAAAAUAAAUUAUUGUCUUUAAUACUGCAUUUAGUAGUAUGAACAUGAAAUGUCACGCGAGUAUGUUAUUCUUUUUUUAUAAAUAUAAUAGCUGAAUUUUAGAAUUAAGAAAUCAUAUGUGGUAAUAAAGACUACAACUUGUGUGAGG